UUCCAAUACUGUCAGUUCUGAGCCAGAGUCUGAUCCAGAAAGUCUGGCCAGUGUCUUCUCGACAGGGCAAAAAACUGAACAAACUCUUUCCAGCUUCCAGUAGUUGCUGUGCAUUGUGUGAGGGUGUGCCAAGAGUGCAGCCAUGUCUAAGCUGGAGAAAGCCAUUGUGUCAAUAGUGGAAGUGUUUGAGGAGUAUGCUGGGAAAGAUGACAAAAAGAGAGAGCUGACUAAUGGAGAGCUCCAGGAGCUGCUACAGUCACAACUGAGCAGCCCUGAUUUCAAGGAUAAGAUAGACAAAGAAGACAUGAAAGAAGCCCUGGACAAAAUCGACAAGAACCAUGAUGGCCAGGUGAACUUCCGUGAGUUCAGUCAGUGUGUGGCCCUUCUUGCCAAGGGCUACUUCAGGAAGAAGCAUGGCAAGGGAAAAGGCAAAGACAAGGGCAACCAAUAAAGACCUUCAUAUGUGCUCCUGUUGUUAAUACACAUGUAAGGCAUGUUCAGCCCCAUUCAUGGUCUAAGGUAGACACAUCUUAGUAAAUAUAAUAAAGCAUAAACAAACA